CUUGAUUGUUUCAAUUUCUAGCCCUGUCCGGAAAUAGUUAGUUGAUUGAUUCGCUUCUAAUUUCCUUCCAGUUUGUUUUCUACCGUACAAAUACAGGAUUGUCAUCAAAAACAAGGAAACUUUGUAGAAGCGAGAUUUAUACAUUGCCUAGUCUGGUCCAGGUUUUCACGCCUGCUCGCCGUGUGGAGCAACCGCUGUAGUCCACUUCAGACAGAGUGAAAUACUACAAUUCCCGAGCAUCUCCCCGUCCGCUGCAAAGCGACGUAGCCCACUGAGUGGAGUUGAAAAAGCAGAAGUUUCACCCCAGUCGUUCCACUGUUGAGGGCUUCUCGAUGACUGAGAACAUGUCAGGUGCGGCAACAAAAUUCCGUCUGGCACUUAUUCAACUCAAAGUGUCCUCUCUGAAAGCCAGUAACCUCAGCAAAGUCCGAACAUUGGUGAAGGAAGCAGCAUUGAAGGGGGCGAAGGUUGUAGCACUCCCUGAAUGUUACAAUUCUCCAUAUGGAACAAAUUAUUUCCCAGAGUAUGCAGAAAAAAUCCCAGGCGAGUCAACCCAAAUGUUGUCUGAAGUAGCAAAGGAACAUGGGAUUCACCUUAUUGGAGGUUCCAUUCCAGAGGAAGAUGCUGGGAAGCUUUACAACACCUGCACAGUGUUUGCACCAAAUGGAUCCAUGUUGUUGAAAUACAGAAAGAUUCACUUGUUUGAUAUUGAUGUACCCGGGAAAAUCUGUUUCCGGGAAUCUAAGACACUUUCUCCUGGGAACACAUUAUCCACCUUUGAUACGCCCUAUUGCAAGGUUGGGAUCGGGAUUUGUUAUGAUAUGAGGUUCGCAGAACUUGCUCAGAUUUACUCAAAAAGAGGCUGUCAACUUCUGGUUUAUCCAGGAGCGUUUAACAUGACAACAGGACCAGCCCAUUGGGAGCUCCUGCAAAGGGCAAGGGCUGUUGAUAAUCAGGUGUACGUAGCAACAGUUUCACCAGCACGAAAUGAGAAUGAUUCCUAUGUGGCCUGGGGUCACAGCAGUGUAGUAAAUCCAUGGGGUGAAGUUGUAACCAAGGCUGGUCAUACCGAGACUAUUGUUUAUGCAGAUAUAGAUUUGAAUUACCUUGCGGACAUUCGUGAACAGAUACCAAUCCUAAAGCAGAAACGACAUGAUCUUUAUAAUGUGCAGGCAAUGCAAGAUUAAGAAUCACAGCUUUAAGACUGACUCCUUAAAGUAGAAACAGUGGGUGAAAUACAAAUCUUGCAAUCACCUCACCGAUUUGUUGAUUGAUCUGAAAUGCUUCAGAUUUAAGACUGUAGGUGCACAAUACAGCGGAUUCUCUUGCUUAGAAUUAUGAAUUGUUAGCAGUAAAUCAUAAAUAAAGUCUUCAGUUUCGAAAUGGCAAAUCACUGUUUAAAUGUCAUAUGAAUUUAAAAGUACAAUUUAUACUUUGUAUAAAAUUUUGUACUCUUAUAGCGUAUAUUGAUACCAAAUUGUAGAUUCUGAGGGGCUUUUACACUAGUCGCGAUGGGGUUUCAUAUCAGUAAAAAGAAUAUUUGUCAAGAUUUAUAA